AGAAAUAAAUUUGUGGACCCACUUGUCCCCCCCCCCCCCCCAAAAAAAAAGAAUGGGAUUCUGGUUAUGGCCCCUUUUCCUCGUCAUUAAAUUUCACACCGAUAUCUUACAGUGAUUUUGUCCCUUCAUAAAUUUAUGCUUCCGGAUGUGGUUAAUUCUCUGACUUGUUUGAACAAUACGCGCAGAAGUGUUGAAACAUUCUUCUUCUGUGUCGGUUAUCUUUUGCUUUGCUUUCCUGAAAGAAUUUUACCAGCAAUAUGUUGGGUCUUGGAUUGAUUAGCGUAGCGGGUCAUGCUAAAGAAUUACACUGGCUGCUUGCUGUUUUUGCUGGUAUCAUCAUGUGCAAGAUUGUUUAUCAAUUAACAGGUGCUAUCAGCCCUUUGUUCUUCAUGGGAUAUGUUAAACUUGAUGACCUGAAGAAACUUGAAUGGAACAACAGAGGAUUUUCCACUUUCCAUGCUCUCCUUGUAGCAGCUGCUUCUUUAUAUCUCUUGCUUGAAUCAGACCUUUUCCAUGAUGGUGCUCGGGAUGAUUUAAUGAUCAAUAGAACGUCAGCUUUUUCAGACACCAUACUCGGGAUCUCCACUGGCUACUUUCUGGCAGACUUGGCAAUGAUUUUCUAUUACUUCCCAGCCUUGGGUGGAACGGAGUAUGUCUUACAUCACGGACUUUCAGUGUUUGCAAUUGUUCAAUCCCUUUUAAGUGGUCAAGCGCAGAUAUAUAUAUUUAUGGUACUCUUUACUGAGAGUACUACUCCUUUUGUUAAUUUAAGAUGGUACCUGGAUGUUGCUGGUCAAAAGAACUCUCAGCUCUAUGUCUGCAAUGGAGUAGCUUUAUUUUUUGGGUGGCUGGUUGCAAGGAUUCUUUUGUUUCUCUUGUUUUUCUAUCACAUGUUUAGCCAUUUUGAUCAGAUCAAAAAAGUUUACGCACUGGGCUUCUAUAGCUUGUUAACUGUACCUCCUGUUCUGGCAUUGCUGAAUCUCGUCUGGUUUUGCAAAAUCGCAAAGGGUUUGAUAAAGACUUUGAGAAAGGCUAGGCACAGCCAGUAGUAUAGCAACUGCUAGUCUUUUGGAGCUUGUGCAGUACUUAACCUCUAUGUACAUCAAGUAGAGCUGUUUCCGAAACCUUUCUGAGCCAACAAAACAAGUGAAAAAAGUGAUUGUAGACUUACAUUUUUACUGUAUCUUCGUUAGAAAUUGCUGAUCAUAAACAUGAUAUCUCUUUUAGUAAUUGUAGUGGGAUGCAAUGCCCAAGCGUUGGGACUUGUUGACUGUGAUGUUGUAUUUGUGAUGUAGCAAGGAGCCUAUCUUCAUAUUUUCGAAUUUCUGGCUUGUUUUAUCAGUUGUCGGCUCAUAAUGUACAGAACUGGUUUUGGCUUAGCAAAAGGGCACUCGAUUUGGUCGUAGAAUUAUAUCUA